AACUGUAGGCACUAUGGAGUUCAUCGUUUGCAAUGGAUGUGGAUGCUCGCCAAGUAAAAGACAAUUUUUUAUCACCGCCUGCUCCCACGUCUUCUGUGAAACAUGCCGAACAACUCCCACUGCUGACUUUUGUCAUUUGUGUAAAAUCCCGACAAAAACUCUCAAAAUGGAUGCAAGUCUGCCGAAGAAUGUGAAGAAAAUGUUCGGCGAUGUGGGUGUGAUGAGUACGGAUAUUCACAAACGCCUCGCUCGAGUUAUUGGCUUUCAAAAAAUUCAGAAGUCAAUUCAAUUGAAAAUGGAAAACAAAAAAUCAGUUAUGCGAAAAGAACAAACCAAGAAAGUUGAGAAAAAGACGGAGGAAAUGCACUGUCAAUUGUCGAAGCUAACAAGUUUUGAGGAAAAUAAUCGUAAGAAGCUUGAAGAUAUUGAACGCGAGAACGAGAAGCUUCGGAAUUUAAUCAGUGCUCUCGAACUGAAAGUUGCCAGUUCUCGUGAUAUCGAUGAUGACGAGUUUUUCAUGCAAGGUACUCCAACUUCUUCAAAUCCUUCCGUUGCUGGUUCAGAUGUAGAUAAUGACGAAUUGCUCGAUUAUGAUCUUCUAGGAUUGAGGAAUCGAUCUGAUUCAUCAUCAUCCAACUGCUCGUCUCAAUCGAAUCGUGGAGGAUCUCUGUUUUAACAUAAUCUGUAAUAUAGAUGACCAUAGUUUUAUUUUUCAGCUAUAAACAUAAAAAUGCUUGA